CAUUGACUACUUCAUCAUCAUUAUAGUUCUACAUCAUCAUCAUCAUCAUCAUCAUCUUGCAUCAACACUUCGUGAAAUCAAUCGAUAUUCCCAAACGUCUUCGUAACAAUCUUCGAAAACACACCGAAUUCAUGUUUAUGAUAAUUUAGACGUACAUGUACAUGCUUCAAUACAUGAUUUUCAUUAAACAUAUCCGACUUGUAUAAGUUAAAAUGACUAAAAUCUUUACAAUGAUGAAAUUCUACAUAUCGUCUACCAUAGGUAAAAACACAUACAAUAUUGUUUAUUGAAACCUCUGAGGGGUUGACUGUUCUUCUCCUUAACAAUGCGCACGCAUUUAAUAAAUAAUGAUGUUUUUAUAAACUGGGUAGUGAUGGUUUGAAACCUACCAGACGUUUGCUUGCCCUAUAUGAGUAAUCGUCGUCAGCUGCAGGUCAAUAUGGAUUUCACAAAGACAUGUAAAAACACUGUGAAAGGUCUACUAAAUGUUUUAGUAUUUGCUUUGCCUUUCCUAGCUCUUACUAAUCAGCAAAUGAUGGCGGAGGUACCACUUGAUGGACGGGAACUGCCAAUAUACAAAGACAUGUUUUCCAGCACGCUGCCAACCAUUUACCGGUGUAUUGAGCUCUGCUGGGCAUACAAGUUAUGUAAAUCGCUCGCCUAUUCAAAAUCUCAACAACUUUGUGUUCUGAAGAACUCUGAUGACUUGACCUGGACAGUCAUAAUAGUUGAUACUGUUAUGUUGACAAGACAAAAACUACCACAGUUAAUUGCCGGUAACUGCCAGAAUCAUGACUGCAAAAUUGACGAGAAAUGCGUUUCAACACCAACAGGAUUCUCAUGUGUGAAGCAUGAGCUUACUACUGUCCGAUGUCCAUGGGAAACUGUACAACACCACGACAAAUGUAUUUGGGUCGUGCGACGGAAGAUCACGUGGAAUGAAGCUAAGAAUGUGUGCGGGAAAGGAGCGUUUCUGGCAGAAAUACAUUCGGAGGAUUUCGCCUGGUUUAUUCAAUUAGCAAUAGAGAUCAUGUGUCAGCAUUACUCAAUAUGCAACUUUCCAAGAAGCUUCUGGUUUGGCCUCAAAUACUCGAGAGAGCAAUCGGCUCUAGUCUGGAACCAUUCGGGGAAAGUCUUGACAUCUACAGACGUACACAAAUUCCGGUCGUAUCCCCCAACAAUGAACGGUACACUGUGUGUAGGAAUGCACGAAGAACGAUAUCGCGUAAGGCACUGGGCUCCCAUGGACUGUGAGGAAAAAAACUUGGUAGUCUGUCAGCUAACUGCCCCGCAAUACUGGACCUGAACGCGUCUGAUAUUGACAGGUCAUUUCUGUCAAAUCGGUGGCAUUAUGCUCGCGAAAACACUUUUUGAUCACAAGAAAAAGCGAGAGAUGUUCAUAGUUAGGUUUUUAGUCACAUUUCUGGUAUUGCAAUAAUUGUGUCAAUUGUAAUUCAUCCGAAUUAAUAUGACUUUCGAUACGAGUAAGCUCCCUUCCUUCAUCCCAAUCAUCUUUUUCUGGUCUUUCCUGUUUCAGUAGAUCAUCGGACUUGCAUAUAACCCCUUCCCUAAGCCGGUUAGGUUUUACAGAAAGCUGAUGCAAUUGUAUCUCAGGCCACCAGAGAGGAUUCAUCAGUUCGACUUAUAUAUAUAUAUACAUGUGUAUAUAUAAAUAUAAGUGUGUGCUAACUUUGAAAGAAAAGUAUAGAUAGUGGUACUUUAUUUGAUUUCCUUAAAAGGACUUUGACAGUUCGGACAUGUUUUUAGGAUUCAUAUAUACUUAUCAUGCAUAACACAACCGGAUUGAAAAUGCAAAUUGUAACGUAUUUUUCUUUAUUGUUUUUAUUAUUUUGUUGUAACUGAAUAAAUAGUGAAGGAACAUGAA